AUGGCACCCGUCGCAGUCUCUCCUACUACCACCGACUUCGUUACCACACCCCAUAUUCUCCACGACGUCAUCGCUCAAGCUGCCGAGUGGUAUCCGUUACACGAGCUUAGUUUCAUAGCCUCCUCGGCAGAGGACUCCAUUCAGACGAAGACCUUCAGCGUGUUCAACCAAUAUGGCAAACCUACAGGUUCAAUUAUCGUGGUGUAUCUGACAGAGCAUGAAGAUAACAUGGCUGCUGUCUGGGCGUGUCUGCUGGCUGGCUAUCUGCCCUGCUUACAGCCCGCACCUAGCGCACAACAAGCGCACAAGGAGGGCCAUGUCGCGCAUAUCAAAAAAUUGUUUGGGUCUGCAACUUGGCUCACCAGCGAGCUUGGAGCUGAGCAGAUCACCUCGUUUUUUGGCCUGGAGGUUCACCUAUUCUCCGAAUUAAAAUCAUCAGGGGAGAAAUUCGCUGUUGGAGCUGACUGGGUUGCAUAUGAGGCUAAGCCGGACGACGAUGCCAUCAUGUUCCUGACCUCAGGGUCAACUGGGUUCUCGAAGGCAGUCGUCCACACGCACCGGACCAUCCUUGCUGCAUGCCGUGCCCAGGGGCAAAACUACGGCCUCACUUCCGAUUCCAAAGUCUUGAAUUGGGUCGGAUUUGAUCACGUGGGGGGAUCGUUGGAGUUCCACAUCACACCUCUGCUACAUGGUGCUUCGCAACUCCACGUGCAUGCGUCUGCUAUUAUUACUGGUCCUCUGCGGCUGCUCCGUCUGAUCGACGAACAGUCCAUCCAACUGGCUUUCGGCCCGAACUUCCUACUCUCCAAACUCACUCGUGACCUGGAGAAGCGCAGCGACCUCUUCGGGUGCUUCGACUUGUCUUCUAUCAAGAGGAUCAACAGCGGAGGUGAAGCUAUUGUUUCUAAGACCGCGCAAGCCUUUGUUGCUAUGAUGAAGAAGUUUAGCAAGAACCCCUCUGCCGUGUCCCUUGUGAUCGCCCAGGUGAUGUCUCAGCUGAUGGGCCUUUUCAGCGCCGGAUGCAUUUACAAUUACCCUUUGGAUGUCCUCACAACUGAGCCUGCUCGCGAGUUCCUUGAUCUGGGGCGUCCCCUCAAUGGUUGCGAGAUGCGCAUCGUGGACCCCGCAGAUGGCACCACCCUGCGUCCCGACGGUGAGAGCGGUGAGCUUCAGAUUCGCGGACAGAUGGUCUUCGUACGCUACUACAACAACGCCGAGGCUACGUCCUCUAGCUUUGUUGAGGGCGGCUGGUUCCGCACUGGUGACGUUGGAAUCAUCGAGAAUGGUGUCAUGCGUCUUGGCGGCCGUAUCAAGGAUACCAUCAUUGUCCAUGGUAUCCCUGAGCUCGAAACCAACCUCCAGGCCGUUGAAGGGGUCAUGCAUUCGUUCCUCGCUGCUGCUCCCUACCGCGCUCCUGGCCAGGAGACAGAAGGAUUCAUCAUUUUCUACUCGCCGACUUUCGGCUUCGAUGGAGCAGAUGCCUCCAGAGCUCUUCACCACGCACCGGGCCCUGCGAGAUAUCUAUGGAGAAGACUACUCUUGGAAAAACUAUCUCGUGCGCAUCUCAUGAGCCUGUUCAAGCAAGGCCAACUUGCGAAGCACAUCGCCCGCUCUGAAAAGCUUCUCAGCGAGGCACGCGGCAUUUCCUUCGUUGUCCCGUCCACUGAGACGGAAAAGGUGUUUGUUAAGAUAUACGCUGGCAUCUUCAACCUGGUGGAAAGCGAGGUGUUGGUGAGCGACAACUUCUUCGAGAUCGGCGGUACUUCUCUUGAUGCUAUCCGGCUCAAGCGCGAAGGAGAGGAAUACUUUGGCCUGCCUGACAUCCCUGCCAUCCAAAUCCUGAAGCACCCUGUUCUCUCGAGCCUGGCCCAUUACGUCGACUCUUUACUCUCUAAGGGCACCCAGACUGAGGAAUACGACCCCAUAGUUCCCUUUUCAGUGACCGGAAAUAAGACGCCGAUCUUCUUCGUCCACCCUGGUGUCGGAGAGGUUCUCAUUUUUGUCAAUCUUGCCAAAUACUUCCAGAAUGAGCGUCCCUUCUAUGCUUUCCGUGCUCGUGGCUUCGAUUCCGGCCACUCGUUCUUCACCUCAAUGGACGAGAUGGUUUCUUGCUAUGCCGCAGCAGCCAAGAGGAUUCAAGCGACGGGACCAUAUGCCAUCGCAGGGUACAGUUACGUCGAGAUCCUGCUUACGAGGCAGCAGCAGCUCGAGUUCGUAUGGAAGUUGUCGCCUUCUAAACGUAUUGUCGAGCUCCAGUUGACGAUCGAGAAGCUUGACAAAUGGACGGACGUCGCCAUGUCUCUCAUUAACUGCGGAGUAGACUACAUUCCAACAGGCUCAGUUUCCGCAGUCGAUGUUUUCUACACCAUUCUCUUUGCCGGAUCUAACGUUGACUGGCUCGACAACCAGCUCAAGCCAUGGUCUGGCUGGAGCCGCGGCGAGGCAUGGUCUGGCUUUAGCCGCGGCGAGGUAUCAUAUAUUUUGGUGCCUGGGGAACACACCACGCUCAUGGACUCUGAAUAUGUCCCGCAGUUCUAA